AUGCGGGAGGUGGACGAGCGCUGCGGCGUGGCAUCCGUGGGAGCGGUCCCAUGGGUUUACAACUACAACCUCCUCAUCACUGCCUCCGGGCUGACGCAGGAGGAGCUGAUGACGAGGUGUCGGCGCAUGGCCCGGAGUCUCAGCGCCCGUGGGGGUGGGCUGGCAGCCGUGGAGACCAUGGCGUUGCCGCAUGAAAGCGGGGUGGAGGCCAACGAGGGAAAUGCUCACAUGGCAGAGGAGUUUGUGACUGGCUUCGAGAAGAGGCUGGCUUUUCAGCUGCACGACAUCAAGCAGAACAGAGGCUGGUCAGGCGAGGGCAUCUGGAUCACCAAAUCUGGCAGCUCAUUCACUUCACUCGACGGCGGCCACAGAUUCAACAUAGGUUUGGAGGACACGCUGUCACACUUCACCGUAGAGGAGUUUGCGGCUGGCUACAAGAAGACGAUGGCUUUCCGAGCAGCGCGGCAUCAAGCAGAGAACAGGCUCGUCAGGCGAGGGCAUCUGGAUUACCAAAUCUGGCAGCUCAAGCACUUCACCGAUAUGGUGGCGUUUACGGACGUGGAGGGCAGGCGGUGCAGCCUUGAACAUAGGUUCGAGGACACACUCGCAUACGUCACCGUAGAUGACCUCUCGGCGACGCGUGCGUGUGUGUCCUCCAAACCUAUAUGUUCCAUGCACGCGGUGCAGGGUGGCCAUGUUGAUUCACCGUAG